UUCCUUCCGAGGAGCUUUCUGGCUGCUGAAGCUGGUAGACCCCUGAUUUAUUCCUCCAUCUCUGCUCUCUUUCGCUUCAUCUUCUCUUAGUUCUUACCGUCCUCUCCACCCCCGCCUCCAGUCUGUCUCGCUUCUGACCAUCCGCUGCUCCACCCUCCGGCCCGGUAUCCUGCCUGUCCACUGCCACCAAGAAGAACGCGGACGGAGCAGCGAGGAGGGGAGCAGCCAGGAGUUGGGGCUUCCCCGGUGCCCAUCCCUGGCCGCCGGCCCGGAACCAAAGCCACUUGAAGUCGUCACCUUGUCUGCGUUGCCUUCAGGGAACUGCUGAGAAGGGCAAAUAAGAUAACAGAAGUGAAAGAGCUUUUGUCUGCUAAGAAGACUUAGACGCUAAAGGUCAAGGGCAGCCCAGGUGCCCAAUUUCUCUCUCUCUUCACAAGGCACCGCCAGCAAUAGAGAUGAGAAAUUCCGAAGAACAGCCCAGUGGAGGAACCACUGUAUUGCAGCGCCUGCUACAAGAGCAGCUUCGCUAUGGCAAUCCCAGCGAGAAUCGCAACCUGCUUGCCAUACACCAGCAAGCCACAGGGAAUGGCCCUCCCUUUCCCAGUGCCAGUGGGAACCCAGGCCCUCAGAGUGAUGUGUUGAGUGCCCAAGACCACCACCAACAGCUUGUGGCUCAUGCUGCUCGACAAGAACCCCAGGGGCAGGAAAUCCAGUCAGAAAACAUCAUCAUGGAGAAGCAGCUUUCUCCUCGGAUGCAGAACAAUGAAGAACUCCCAACCUAUGAAGAAGCCAAGGUCCAGUCCCAGUACUUUCGGGGACAACAGCAUGCCAGUGUUGGAGCUGCCUUCUACGUCACUGGAGUCACCAACCAGAAGAUGAGAACUGAGGGACGCCCAUCAGUUCAGCGGCUCAAUCCUGGGAAGAUGCACCAGGAUGAAGGACUCAGAGACCUUAAGCAAGGACAUGUCCGUUCCUUGAGUGAACGACUGAUGCAGAUGUCAUUGGCCACCAGUGGAGUUAAGGCACAUCCACCGGUUACCAGCGCUCCCCUCUCCCCACCACAGCCCAAUGACCUCUACAAGAAUCCCACAAGUUCCAGUGAAUUCUACAAGGCUCAAGGGCCACCUCCCAGCCAGCAUAGCCUGAAGGGCAUGGAACACCGAGGCCCCCCACCAGAGUAUCCCUUCAAGGGCAUGCCACCCCAGUCUGUAGUGUGCAAGCCCCAAGAGCCAGGGCUCUUCUAUAGUGAGCAUCGUCUGAACCAGCCAGGGAGGACAGAGGGGCAACUGAUGAGGUAUCAGCAUCCCCCUGAGUAUGGAGCAGCCAGGCCACCUCAAGAGCUCUCAUUGCCACUAUCGGCCAGGAAUUCGCAGCCUCACAGCCCUACGCCUUCUCUCACUUCGGGGGCUUCCAUGCCCUUGCUGCAGUCUCCACCGUCUACUAGGUUGUCUCCUGCUCAACACGCCCUGGUCCCAAACCAAGGCGACCACUCAGCUCACCUGCCCAGGCCGCAGCAGCAGCUCUUCCUUCCUGGUCAGGCUCACCAGGGCGAUCACUACCGUCUCGCCCAGCCCGGGCUCAGUCAGCAGCAACAGCAGCACCACCACCACCAUCACCACCAGCAGCCGCCGCCGCCGCAGCAACAGCUGCCGCCCCCACAGCAGCAGCCGGGGGAAGCCUAUUCAGCGAUGCCGCGGGCUCAGCAGUCUGCUUCUUACCCACCGAUGCCAGCAGACCCCUUCGCCAUUGUCUCCAGAGCGCAGCAGAUGGUGGAGAUCCUCUCAGAUGAGAACCGCAACUUGAGGCAGGAGCUGGAAGGAUGUUACGAGAAGGUGGCAAGGCUGCAAAAGGUGGAGACAGAAAUCCAGCGUGUCUCAGAGGCAUAUGAGAAACUCGUGAAGUCAUCAUCCAAAAGAGAGGCUCUGGAGAAAGCCAUGAGAAACAAGCUUGAAGGCGAGAUUCGCAGGAUGCAUGAUUUCAACAGGGAUCUCAGAGAGCGUCUAGAGACUGCCAAUAAGCAGCUUGCAGAGAAGGAAUACGAAGGGUCAGAAGAUACCAGAAAAACCAUCUCCCAGCUCUUUGCAAAAAAUAAGGAAAGCCAGAAGGAGAAGGAGAAGCUGGAAGCAGAGCUUGCCACUGCCCGUUCUACCAACGAGGACCAAAGGCGUCACAUUGAAAUCCGAGACCAGGCCCUGAGCAAUGCCCAGGCCAAGGUGGUGAAGUUGGAGGAAGAGCUGAAAAAGAAGCAGGUGUAUGUCGAUAAGGUGGAGAAGAUGCAGCAGGCCCUUGUACAGCUCCAGGCAGCCUGUGAAAAACGUGAGCAGCUGGAGCACCGUCUCCGGACACGACUGGAGAGGGAACUGGAAUCCCUCAGAAUUCAGCAGCGCCAGGGCAGCUCCCAGCCCACCAACGUGUCAGAAUACAAUGCUGCUGCACUGAUGGAGCUCCUGCGUGAGAAGGAGGAGAGGAUUCUGGCCCUGGAAGCUGAUAUGACCAAGUGGGAGCAGAAGUACUUGGAGGAGAAUGUGAUGAGACAUUUUGCUUUGGAUGCUGCCGCCACUGUAGCUGCUCAGAGGGACACAACAGUCAUCAACCACUCUCCUAACACCAGCUACGAUACAGCUCUAGAAGCUCGCAUCCAGAAGGAAGAGGAAGAAAUCUUGAUGGCCAACAAGCGUUGCCUUGACAUGGAGGGCAGGAUUAAGACGCUCCAUGCCCAGAUUAUUGAGAAGGAUGCCAUGAUCAAAGUGCUCCAGCAGCGCUCCCGGAAAGAGCCCAGUAAGACAGAGCAGCUCUCGUCCAUGCGCCCAGCCAAGUCUCUGAUGUCCAUUUCCAAUGCUGGAUCGGGCUUGCUUUCCCACUCUUCCACCCUGACUGGAACACCCAUCCUGGAGGAGAAGAGGGAUGACAAGAGCUGGAAGGGGAGCCUGGGAAUCCUUCUGGGUGGAGACUACCGCGGGGAAUCUGUCCCUUCCACACCGUCACCCGUGCCGCCCUCAACUCCCCUGCUCUCAGCUCACUCGAAGACGGGCAGCCGAGACUGCAGCACCCAAACCGAACGAGGAACAGAACCGAACAAAACCGCAGCUGUGGCUCCCAUCUCUGUUCCUGUUCCAGUCGCUGCUGCCGCCACUGCUGCUACCAUCACUGCCAAUAAUACUGCCACCGCUGCCACCAACACCACCACCAUGGUAGCUGCUGCUCCAGUUGCUGCUGCUGCUGCUCCAGCUGUCGCUGCUGCCAUUGCCACCCCACCGCCAGCAACUGCUGCUCUUGCUGGUGUUUCUCCAGCUGCUGCUGCUCAGAUUCCAGCUGCUGCCUCUGCUGUUGCUGUUGCUGCUGCUGUUGCUCCUCCCGCUGCUGCUGCUUCUGCUGCUGCUGCUGUUCAGGUUGCUCCAGCUGCUUCGGCUCCGGUUCCAGCUCCAGCUUCAACUCCGGCUCCGGCUCCAGCAGCGCCUCAAGCUUCUGCUCCAGCUCCGACUCAGGCACCAACUCCAGCUCCGGCUGUGGCUGCUACUCCGGCUCCGGCUCCAGCUCCAGCUGUGGGUCCGUCUGAGGCUCCUGCAAGUCCAGCUGCCGGUUCCGGACCACGGCGUUUGUCUAUACCAAGUCUGACCUGCAAUCCGGACAAGACGGAUGGCCCUGUUUUCCACUGCAAUACUCUGGAAAGAAAAGCUGCCAUUCAGAUCCUGGGACAGGAGCCUGAUGCAGAGAUGGUGGAAUAUCUCAUCUGAAGGGCCUAGCCAAGAGUUGCAGCUUAUCAGCAAGAAUGCUUUUAAUCGUUUUUCCCUUUUGUUCUUAUGUUGAGGGUGAAGACAAGGGUGGGGGGAUGUUUUUUUAAGGAACUUUUUAUUGAAGCAACAUAGUUCUUAAGUAAUCCUAUACAAGUUCCAGUCUCUUCUGGUACACUUAGAGCAUACUUUUAAAGCCAGAUUAAUCAGAAGGUGCUCUAAGGUUUAUUGUGGGGAUUUGUACAAAUACUGGGACUUGUGAUAGCUGGAUAUAUGCCAAUGAUUUCAAUCUUAAAUUUGUCUAGCAUUUCCACAUUUCAAAUCAUUUUUUCAUUGAAGAGCACAGUAUGUUUGAAAGACAGUUUGUAAUAUGUAGUUCAGAAGCGGGAAGCCGAAGAGAAUGCGUGUGUGCUGUUUGUCAUCAUCUAGGCAGCAUCCAGAGAGAGCUCUCACCUUGGGUUCAUGAAAGGGAACAGUUUUAGGAGCUAGAUGAGCUGGAAAAAAGGUAGUGGGUAUUAGAGUAUGGAUGGGUGCAGGAGCUAAUUUUCCCUUCCAAUUCCCAGCUACCCUGUGCCAGAGAAUUGUGUUUAUAUCAUUUCAGUGGUGCUUUGGAAAUGGAUUCUUCUGGUUCCCUCCUGGAGGCUUAAUACAUUCAUAUAUAUACUUGGGAGUAAUUUAUGCAUUUGGAUAAUUAAUAUAUUGCUUUCAGAUGCUAGGAAAGUAAGUUAGCUGAGUGAUGUACAACUUCCUCUCUCUUAGGGAGUAAGACCACCAGAGGCCUUAAUGGAUUGUUGCAUGAGUUGCUGUGUGCAGACUUAUGUGGUCAGUUUGUAGUCAGGAACACAGCUCACUGACCUUUCCUGAGACCAGUCUGCCUAGUGUUUACUUCUUCUCCAGCACAGAUUCACUGGCUCAGUCACCAGUCUCAAAUUGCCAAUCAUUUGCAAAAUUGAGGAAACAUUUUUGUUGACUGGUCAAAUACUUUGAAUUUCUGGUGACUUCUUUGACAUUCUUGUCUUUUUUCCCCCAAAUUGUUAGCAUUACAUCUUAAAAGACAUAUUUGCCUAUCACUUCCAAGGGUAUAGCACCAGAAGCCUGAAGUACUGUGCUGCAGUUGCGGGAGAGAGUAUACUUAGCUACUGCUUCUCACUGCCAGUGACUCCAUCUUAGAGUACUUCUGGAGAGCAACGGAAAAUGCACACACGGGCAGGGACCAAGAGGUUCCAGGCUCUGCCAGAGGGGCUGUCCCAAGAAAUGCAGAUGGGCCACCUUUUGCCACAGGUGUUCCAUCUGUGUCACCUCUCUGCCCUUCAUUAAGGUGACAGAACUAUGGACAGUGUCAUUAAGAUUAGUUUUUUCAGGGGUUUGGGAGGGUGAAGGGAGUGGGAAGGGUUAGGUGAGGGAGGGGGGUAGAAGUUUGGGGAUGUAUUAGUUAGAAACCAGAUUAAUAGAAGAAUAGGCUUGAUAUAUUACAUCGUGAAGCAUAGUGUCUGGAAUGAUCUUUAGCAAUAUAGUCCCACCCCCCUCAUUUUAGUGAUGAGGAAUCUGAAACCUGGAGAGAUUCAGUGACUUUCCAAGAUCACCAAAACAGCUGUGUACUCUGCCAGUUCUAUUGCUUGUUAUGGGAAACCCUUUCAUACUUAAAAAAAAAAAAAAAGUCCCAAAAACCUCAUUGUAAGAAAAGGCAUCUUUGUGAUCUGGGCCCAUAUGUAUUUUGUAAAAUGUCCCUGAUUUGAAUAGUUUGUCCAGGUUUCUAAAUUCUCUCUUGCCUCUCUUGAAGUGCCUUUGCAAGGUUUCCCCAUUUCCUGAUCCUUAUUUUGAUAAUGAGCUACGUGAAAGGCUCCCCUUAAGAAAUCAACCUCACUUCUCUUGCUAUAGCAUUGGCUGUCUCAGAUCAUUUUAUAGGGUUUUCCUCUGUGAGCAUAGUUAACAGCAUUCUUAUAUUGUUCCUAGCUAUCUUCCAAAUGAAUAAUUGUGUGUGGGGUGUGUGUGUGUUGUCUAGAGAGAGAGCAGAGAGGGAGGGUGAUAUGAUUUCUAGCCAGUCAUGACAUUUUCAAUAAUGACAUGAUCAUCCUACAUAUUCGUGCUCUGUUAUCAAGUGAACCUCAAAUAGAAUCAGAGACACCGCUGUGUUCAUACUCAUGCAUACUACCUUUUUAGCCAUAAGGAAAAAAUAUCCCUCAAUUAGUAGAAGUAACAACUAGCAAAUUUCAGCAGAACUACUUUCUAUCCACAUAAAUACAUCAAAAACAAAACAAAAACAAAAAGCCUUUCAUCCACUCCUUUCAUGGUUAUAGCGCCUUGCCAGAAUUUUUGCUAGCCCUGGGAACCAUGACUUAGAACACAUUCUGUAAGGUGACAAUGGUCAUACAUUCCACGCGGUGUGGCAGCCAUCUCUUUAGACUAUGUAUAUUUUGGGAAAGGACGAAGUUCUUGCAAAAUAUUGUGAACUUCCCACAACAUCUCUGCUCCCUCACACCACAGGCAGACCUUUCCAGCUCUUUUUAAUCCCAGGUAAUUUUCAAAAAUAAUAUAGUGCAUCUGAGAGAUGGAAGAAGUCCAUGUCGGUGUAUUAUGUUUACGAAGAAGAUAGAUUCAGCCUUUUCGUAAAGUCUCUGCUAGGUGUCAUUUUGAAAAUUCAGGUUUACGGGAGAAAUCUCAAAUUAGUCACCUUUUCACAAUUGUGUGGAUGUAACGUUUGGGGGAUCUUUCCAGGCUCCCACUUAUCUAUGCAUUUUAGUGUCAGCUCAGGACAGGAGGGUGACCUUGUUGUCUUAACAUAUAUGGCCUGGUGGUCUCUGGGGACCUUCUAAGUUAGUUGCACCCCACUGUCCCCUGUACAGGAAAACUUCAUUAGAACAAACUUUACUUGAUAUAAAAUUCCUAUUAAUUUUGUAUUAAAUAAAUGUAGCUUGAACAUUCUUCUAAAAUCAUGUAUGUUGAUUAUUGUUUUAAUGAAGGAUUUAUUUUCAAUGCUGCUCUUGGGUUUCAGGAUGACAGGCAAACGGGAACCUGAAAUAGCUGCCAUAGGAAUCCUAUGUCAUGUGUUGCCUUCUCUUUUCUUUGUUACGCUGUUGGGUGGGUACAGUGAUUUGAAAAUGAACAAACUGAUUGUGCAAACUACUUUCUGUGAAGAGCUUAAACACUCACAAGCAUCGACUUUUCGAAAUUUUCGUCUCAUAUGUGUUAGCCAGGCAAUCUCCUGUUAUCUCAAUUGCUCAUCCACAUAUGGAAUGUGUUAGUUAAAAUGUGUGCAUUCUUACUGAACAUGUUUUCAAAGGAAGGCAUCGGCUAUGGGCUAAUUGCCACCGAUUGCAGCCCGCCAUGAUCCUUGGAAAUGUAUCUUCCAAGUGCCAUCCAUCAUCAGUAGGACAAGUGUUGGGAGUUUGUUUAUUUUUUUCCGGUAGCAACGAUGGGUUUACACGGAGCCCUCAAACCUCCUCCUGGCCUCCCUUGUGAUUAAUGGCAUGUGUUUGUAAAAUGAAUAGGUGGGGUUGGCAGAUGGUUGGAGAAGAAUUGCCUUUGCUUUGAAAUGUAUGUGGCCCCAUAAUGAUUGAGACCCCAUUCUGUAAUCAACUGAGCGAGCUCCAAUAAAGUUAAGCAGGUUUGAAUCCACUUUGUGCCUAUCUUUUCACUGACAAUAAAGUUAGCUGUUUGAAAAU